AUGCGUUUUAAACCGUUUUCUUUACCGUUCGAUGAAUUCUUAAAGUUCUUUAGUCAAGAUGAACUGAAUAGAAAUGUAGUAGUUGUUUCAAUUAUCGAAAAAACAUCCAUAAAAAAUUUGUCACCUUCUGUUCAUUUUUCUAAAUUUACUGAUACCAUUGAAGAAUUAAUAACUCAAGUUAAUGAUGAAGAUAAAGUUUACAAAUCUGUUUGUCAAUUUGAUGGAUAUUUUGACAAAGAAGAAAAUGUUGUUUUCUUAAAUCUGACUGGGCCAUUAAAUAAUAAACAUUUAAUGAAAAUGUUAAGUAAAAUGGAGGACGAUCUUAAAAAAAAUGGAUUUUUAAACAUUUGGAGCAAGAUAAAGAACUCUUUUGCCCAGGCUUUGCUUUUCAUGUUUUCUUUUUCCCAUAUUAUCCUCUUUAUAAGUUCAAACUACAGUCCAGACAUUAAUAUCAUCCAACUGCUAAAAGUUUUAAGUUAUGUGAGACCUAAAUAUCAAGCUGCUGUAUCUAAAGUGCUUGGUAAUUGCAAUGAAUUCAGUGAAGAUUGGGUUCUUUAUGGCCGACUUUGUUCACCUAGACUAAUAUUUCUGUUUGAAGGAUGCCCUUAUGAAAUAUCAGAAUUGAAAGACAAAGAUGAGAAAAUAUUCCGUCUAAAGAAAUUAGAACAUUCUUUAGAGGACCAAAUUUAUCUAGCUCUCCGUAAGAGUAGGCUUGUGAAAAAUGUCUGCAGUCGGGCCUUUUUCUCAAUAGCUCCAAAUGAUGAGUUUGUUUUUGUUAAAGCUGAAACCAGAAAAGAAAAUAAACUAUAUAGGGAUUUAGAAGAAUGUUUUGAAAAACAGCGACAAUCUAUGAUUGGUCAUGGUGCUGAAAGUGUAUCUAAUACUUCAGUUCCAUCUACUUCAUAUCAAGGAAAUUCAUUGUCAAUAGAUUCCUCACCUGUUGAUAAGUUGGAUUCACUUUUGAAGGAUUCUGCUUCUUCAUCCAAAUCCACGAAUCAGGUGGAUUCACAUUUGAUGGAUUCUAUUUCUUCUUCAAGAUCUACAAGUCCUGAUAUUUGGGACUUAGCAGAAAAUUUGGAUGGACCUGAAGUUCCAGCCCACUGUUUUAAGGAUUUUUUAAUGAAACACAUACGAAAAGCUCACAAUGAGGGUUUUAGUGAUAAUAUGGGAAAAUAUUCAAAUUUAAAACCAUUUUUUGAGGUACCUACACUCAAAAGUUGGAUCAAGGCUGUUAAUUGUGUUUUGUCUGAAGUUGACAAUGAAAAAGUUGAGUUAAAUAGUGCUUCUUAUUAUUUAGAAAAACUUCUAGGUACUGAGCUCAAGUUUAGCAGUGCACGCUGCAAGAAAGUUUUACCAUUGGCUAUUGCUAUUUAUCAAGAAAAUUUGCCUUCUCAUUAUAAUCAAGUUACACAUGAAAAAAGAGUUAAACAUGCUAUGAGUGUUUUUUCACACCAUGCCCGUGGACCAGCACAACAAAAAUACAUAGAACAACUAAAAGAAGAAUGUGAAAAAAUUUGGAAAUCUGGACGACAGACAUGUGAAGCUCUGAGUUUAAAUAAAAAUUCUUGUACCAAACCUAAACAUUCUAGUGGAGUUUCUUUAAAUGCACAACAAGGUGAGUCAGAGCAUUGGAGUGGUAUUCAGUUCUUUUCUAGUUGCAACUGUGGUGCCAAACAAGGUCCUCGUCAAGAUCCUUUUACUUUACGGGCUGCUAAUUUUGACUUUUAUCAAAUAAUUGCUCAAGAAUGUGGUUGUAUACAUUUAGAAAAAUUUGUUUUUCCUAUAUUCCAGCCUAGUACAAGUGAUUAUAAAGCUGCAGAUUUGAGUAAUCCAUCAUCACAUCUUGAUGUUUUUGGUAAUAGUAUCCAAGAUCUUCAGAAUGAAUUUCAAGAAUUAAAUAUUCCAUCUGACUCCCUCAGUAUUGGAAAAGUCUGGACAGUUGAUGAAUCUGCACACGGCAGUGAAGGGACAAUGUCUCUUCCACUCUCAGCAUUAUAUUAUGAUCAAGCUAAUAAUUUUAUGUUGAACUGUUAUUCAAACAAUCAGCACGAAAAACAUUUAGUCCGACAGGCUUCCACAACGGAAUAUCUUCCUGGGAUGGUCCAUCUUGAAUCACCAGUAGGGUUACUUCCACAGUUUCCUUCAUGGUCAUUGCUGUGUCGAGGACCAUCUAGUCUAUAUUCCCAUAAUUUAGGUCUUCAUGAUUAUCCAGGUUUUAUCACAGGCUCUUCAUAUUUACUACCGUGGGAUGUUUCAUUUAGAGAAAAGGAUAUAUGUAAGUCAGAAACAACUGAAGUCUUAAAACGUGCAUCAGAUUCUCUACACAUAAUUGCUAAAAAUACUACUGGUAGUAAGAAAAAUCGUUUUUCAAAGGAAUUUAUGAGUGUAAAAAUUUUUAUUGGUAUUGAAUAUGAAUGUAUAAGAGGACACAGAUUUAUGAGUUCUGCACCAGGAGUUGUCUUGAAAGCUUCUGGAGCUGGUGUCAUUAAAGAAGAUGCUUGUAAAAUUACUGAAGGAAAUAUGCCUUUGUUCUUACCUUGUCCUUGUGGGAAGGUUAUUGCUCAACUAAUGAGAGUGCAUAUAGUUACACCAAAAGCACCAGUUUUUGUUACUAUAGAUCCAAAAGUUCGUCCUGCACCACUUCCAUGCCCAACAUUCACUACAGGUGAACAAAAACCCAUUGCGUUGACACAGAGCGCUUAUUGGAUUCUUAGGCUUCCAUAUGUAUAUGCUUCAGAAAGAAAAUAUUACAGUGUUCCUAACCGUUUGAAAAACCUAAAAUAUGGUGAACUCCUUGGACCUAUGUUUGGAAUUACUCAAGCUACUACUACCUAG